AUUAAAAAUAAAAUAAAAUAAAAAUCAGUGGCAACUACGAAAAAAGUGUGAAAAAGUGUUAAACGGAAAAGCAGCAAAAGUGGCGAAAAAGUGUUUGUGCAAAAAAAAAACAACAAAAAACAGACAGUUGGUUGUGUUGUGUGAGGCAGCGGCUAGCGUAUGACUGUGAUGUGGCAAGCGUCAUUAUAAGCAACCAACAMCAACAACAACGGCAGCAGCAAUCAUAAAUGUUGCAUUUGCAUGUCAACUGCGCUGCGCCGCUCUGACAGUUAAUUUCGCGCUGUGUCGCAAAGAAGUAGCAGCAGCCGUAACAACAACAACAAUAACAUUUUAUUAUGACAUUUUAUUGUUGUUGUUGUGCAACUUUUCACAAAGGUGUAUUGACACGCCCAAACUAACCGUUUACAAAAGCGUUGAGCGUCAAAUAGCGGCCGCGCAGCUGCAACGCCUGCAAUUCAGUACCAGCCUAGCGGUUUAUUAGUGCUUACAACAACAAAAGCAACAACAAUAAUUAGUUUUUUGCUAGCAUAAAACCAAAGUGUAUAUAAUAUAACUACAUAUAUGUAUAGUGAUUGCAAUACCACCACAACAACAACAACUACAACAAGUAGCUGCUCAGUGCAACAACAAAUGCGCCGACGUCGCCAGCAGCGCAACCUCAACUGUCAUUAGUUGACGUUUUAAUUGCGGCUUCGAUUUGCAUUUUUACUUAGCAAUACCAUAGCGUUAAACAACAACAACAACAAACGUUGUAAAAACCCAUACUUUUGUUCUCCAGCAUUGCCUGGGCGCACACACGAAAGCGAAACGAAGUAUUAAACAAAGAAAAGUGUAAAAAUUAUAUGCUAUAUUGUUGUUGUAGUUGCCGCUAACUGCAAUUCAUCAGCCACACACACACAUCUUCGCGUAUAGCUGCUGUUUUUGUAUUGCAAGCAAUAAAAAAAUGGUCAGCUGAGUGCUAACAGUUACGACAAAAAAAAAAACGCCAAAUGCAACGGUACUAAAUUUGAAUAAAUUUAACAGUUGUUCAAAAAACGAAUACUCGCUCAAUAUAACGGUACUAAACAAGGAUACUCAACUUUUUACUCGAAAAAAAGGUUAAUGAAACGGUACUGAAGAAGGUUACUCGAAUAAAUGCUGGAUAAAAUUAGUACUCGCUAAUAUCACGGUACUAAAGAAAGCUACUCAAUUAGUUAAUAGACAAAACGGUAAAUAUUACGUUAGUACUCGCUAAUAUAACGUCACUAACGACGGUUAUCCGAGUAGAUGCUAGACAAAACGAGUGCUCGCAAAAUAUAACGCUAAUAAACGAGUAGGCGCUAGUUAAAACGAGUGAAAGUAAAUAAAUAUUUCCAAGUAAAUUUAAAAUACGCGCGUAACGGAACCAAAAAAUACAGCACUCAUUAAUCACAACCCUAUAAUAUCUUAAAAUAAUAUGUAUGCUGUUUAAUUAUUAAGCAAAUUAAAAAUUAAUUUACCGCUUUUACAACAACUUUUAGUCAACAUACCAAAAACACACAAAAAAAAUUAACAAAAACAACCAAAAUGAAUUGCGUUGCAAUACCACCACCGGAAGAGAAACAGCAACCGACACUGCAAAUAAUGCACAACGAACUGGUGUUGCCAUCGCCGCACGCCCAACCGGAUGUCAACAACUGCAGCAACAGCAGCGGCAACACAUCAAAAACGCAAUCACUGCAGCGCACCACACACCUGUAUUGUCGCUCGUUGGAGAAGGAACGCGGCGAUCGGCGCACUUCGUCGCGCGGUUUAGCUUCGUGUCUGCGCGGCGAACGUGAUGAGUUCGUCGGUGAUUACCGUGAGUUGCGUCCGCGUGCGCAACAAAUCGAUUUGCUGCCGACAGUUAUGAUUAGUCACGGUGGUGCGGGAUAUGGCGGUGCGGAUAAUGUUGCUGGCGCUGCAACGUCUGGUGUUGGCAAUAACGGCGCUAUGGAGUCGCAUAAUACCGAUGCGAGUGGCAGGUGUGAGUACAAAUCGAAAACCCUGCCACGCAUCCAUUUCGAUACUUCCAUUAAUGAUACGUCAUUAAAUGAAGGUAAAUAA